UUCUCAUUACAAGAUCCACCAUGUUAUUUGACCCCUGACCCCAAAGAGGAGGCCACCGAAUUGAACUUGACCACUCCCCCCCCCCCCACCUCUCUCUCUCUCUACUCAGCUCCCAUACACAAGUCUCUCUCUCUCGACCACCUGUUUCUGGGAAGCCCAUCGGUCAUGGAACACACCGGAGAUGAAGAAGCUUCCAUGUUCGAGACCAGUCAUGUCCUCGGCGCCCUGCUGGCCUCCUCGCCGCUGCUGGCGCGCGCCUGGGACCGAUGCGUGGCGGCCGCAGAGGGCGCCGCCGCCGCCACCUCAGGGUUCGUCCACGGCGGCGGGGACGGGGGCACGGUCUUCGUGGCCUUCUCCGGGGUGCAGGCCGCGCUAUCGGCGGCGGGCGCUGCGGUGGCCGGCGGCGGCGCCUUCGCGCCGGUGGGCCUCGGUGGGGACGCGGCGCGUCGGAUGUUCGCGCCGCUGGUCUCGGCUGAGCCGGAUGCCGGGGAGCCGGUCGCCGUGCAGGCGCUGGCGCUGCGGUGCUUCCUGAAAUUGUGCGGCUCCCCUGAUUUCCAGAUGCUACUGAAUCAGAUCAGGGGAAAGGCAGUCGUGUUCACGGGCCACUCCCUCGGUGGCGCCAUUGCCGCCCUCGCGGCGCUGCACUACCUCUGCAUCUCAUCGUCAAGCUCGACAUUGGCCCCGGCUCCUCCGGUCCUAUGCGUCACCUUCGGGAGCCCGCUGCUCGGCAAUGAGGCGCUGUCCAGCGCCAUCCUGCGUGAGCGGUGGAGCGGCAACUUCUGCCACGUUGUCUCGCAGCACGACAUCGUCCCAAGGCUCCUCUUCUGCCCCCUGGAAACCGUCCCUGCGCACAUGAUCGUCGAAAUGCAGCUGCAGCAAUGGCCGGCGGGCAUCCGCCACGCGGGCGCAGUGACCACGGUCACUGCACGCAUGGUGGACACUGACCAGGACGCGCUCCGGCAGCUGAUACAGAUGCACGUCGGCGCGGUGGCGACGGAGCAGAAGCUCGCCGCUCCUGCAACUCUUGGUGGGAGCCCUUACCGGCCGUUCGGGACGUACGUGCUGUGCUCCCCAGACGGCGCGGCGUGCCUGGACAACCCGACUGACGCGGUCCAAAUGCUCUACGCCACCUUCGCCUCUCGGUGCUCGCCCGGGGCGGAUUCCCCGGAGUUCGCGCACUCCUGCUACGGCGACCUCGUGCUGAAAAUGCCGCAGCACUUGCUCCUCAAGAGACGCCUGCGCGCCGACGACGCUUCUGCCACGUCCAACUACGACGCCGGCGUCUCACUCGCGCUGGAAGCCUCCGGCAUCGACGUCAAGCGGCAGCAGGGGACGGAGGCGUCGACGGCGCGGCAGUGGCUGAAGACGUCGAAGCGGGUGGGGCCGCGGCCGAGCCUGAACUGCGCUCACCUGGCGACGCGGCUGGGCCGGAUCACGCCGUGCCGUGCGCAGAUCGAGUGGUACAAGGUGCUGUUCGACAGCGAGACGGGGUACUACGAUGCAUUCAAGCAGCGGCGGUCGCCCAAGAAGUUCAGCAAGGUCAACAUGAACCGCAUCAAGCUGGGCCAGUUCUGGGACGACGUGCUCGCCAUGCUCGACGCGGGCCAGCUUCCCCACGACUUCCACCGCCGGGCCAAGUGGGUCAACGCCGCCCGCUUCUACCAACUCCUUGUCGAGCCGCUCGACAUCGCCGACUACCACCGCAACAACCUCCACCGGACGUGCGGAAGCUACGUGCCCAACGGACGGGAGAGGAGGUACGAGCUGUUCGACAGGUGGUGGCAGGAGAAGGGACGCACUGGCACCGGCCGCGACACCACGUUAUCUAACUCGGCGGCGUCGACCAGUAGUAGGAGGCGGAGCAAGUACGCCGGGCUGACGCAGGACCCAUGCUUCUGGGCGCGGGUGGAGGAGGCGAGGGAGCUGACGGAGAACGCCCGGAGCGAGCUCAACGCAGCAGAGCUGGCGAUGAAGCUGGAGGUACUGCAAGAAUUCGAGCGCUACUCCGGUGAGCUGGUGGCGAGCAAGGAGGUGUCCGUCGACGUGGUCGCGCCGCAGUCGAGCUACACGCUGUGGGUGGAGGAGUGGAAGCAGCUCAAGCUCAGGGAUGAAGUGAGGACAAUGUUGCUCCUGUUUUGAGCUAGGCUGAACUCUACCGAUGAAUUCUUAGCUAGUUGGUGGACAUUCAUCAAGUAGUUCAGAUAUAGAUGGAUCAUGAUCGUCCAUGGAUGCUAGUAUAGGUGAUUGUAAAUAUAUGACCUCCAGAGACACUGUAGUGAUUAUAAUCUGUUUGUUCUUUCAUGUUGAUACUUUGAUGCUGAAUUGCUGAUUCAGUUAUGCUGCAUUUGUUCCUGGUAUGGAGCU